AUGCCAAUUGAUUUAGUAACUUACGAUCAAAAUACCAGUGUUGAAGUCCAAUUCUCACAGGCAUUGGAACGAUAUCAAUUAGACAAAUCAAAUACAUCAUUAACUUCACCUCCACUGCCAUUUGAUUUUUUACAAAAAUUUAAAAAUAUAGCAGCUACACAAGCAUUACAAUUAGGACAAGAAUUACAGAAUAAAAAUGAUUCUGAUAGUAUUCUUAGAGAACAAUUUGAAAAUUGGAGUUUAGAAACAAAAUUAUGGAUUCUUGUCGAAGAAUUAUAUUCUUUUCGAUUAUCAAACCCAGAAGAAAAUAAUGUUGAAAUUCAUGAAUAUUCAUCAUUAUCAUUAAAGCAAGAGAAAUAUUUAUCAACUCAUCCUAAAUUAAAAGAAUUAUUAAUUAUUAUUAAUUGGAUUCAACAAACAACCAAUAAUUCAAAUUUAAAUUUAGCUAAUGAUUACGAUGCCAACAUUGAACAAACAAAAUGGCAUAAUACAAAAAUUGCCAUUGAAACAAAAGAAGUGAAUUCACUUUUAAAUAUUAAUAAAGGUAUUGAUAAAAUUGUUGAUAAAUUAGAUAUUGAUGCUCCAUUAAGAACAAAUCAGAUUAUUGAUCCUAAAGAUCAACUAAUUGAUCUGGAAAAUUAUGCCAUUAUAUAUAAACUCCUUUUGGGUGGGAAAAUUCAAGAAGCAAUUGAUUAUGCCAACAAUACGGGGAAUUUUGCCCUUGCAUUGAUAUUAGUUGGUGGGGCUCAAGAUUAUAUAGACCCCGUAUUGGAUGGGAUUAAGGACGCCAAUAUUCUGGUUGCUAGUGGGAUUAAACAUAAAUUAUUAUGGAAAGAAACCGUUUAUAAAUUAUCACAACAAAAAGGGUUAAAUGAUUAUGAAAGAUUGAUUUAUAAUUAUCUAAGUGGAGGUGAUAUUACUGAAAAUUUAAAGGCAUCAAAGAAUUCAUGGGAAGAAUCAUUACUUUUGUAUGCUUAUCAAUUAUUAUCCUAUAAAUUGCAAUCCUUUAUUUUGGAAAAUAAUAACAGUGAAGAAUCAUUAUCGUUGGCAAUUUCUAUUCCUAAACCUCAAUCUGAUUCAAUUGAAGAAAUAUUAAAUAUCUUAUCAAAUGCCAAUUCAGAAGUAUCAUUGGAAAGUCGUAACCCGUUAAGAAUAAUCAGUGGUGCUAUUAUGAUAGAUAAAUUUGAAUCUUUGAUUGAAAAUCUUAAUCAAGAUUUAGUUAACCAUAAUGAAAAUAUUCUUAGAAUAUUAGUUCAUUUAUCUAUUUUCAUUGCAAUUAUAAAACCUUGGGGUGAUGAUCAACUGGCGAAUUUGACUGCUAUUAUAACACUUUAUAUCUCAAUGUUGUCUGAAACCAAUAAAUCUGAAUUAAUUCCAGUUUAUUUAUCAUUUAUUCCUGAUGAAAAAGAUGCUAGAGAGACUUAUUCUAUGAUUCUUUCAUCAAUAACAGAUAAGGAACAACAAACAAGGCAAUUACAAGCAGCGAAAAAAUUGACUCAACCUUUCGUGAAUAUCAAUGAAGGCAAAGAUAAUGGGGAUGUUAAUGUUAAUGUUAAUGAUAAUGUUAAUGAUAAUGUUAAUGUUGAUGUUGAUGCUGAUGCUGAUAUGGUGAUAGUGGAAGAUGAUGAUAAUAAUAAAUUGAUUAAUGUAUUGAGAAGAACUGUGGAAAGAGUGAUGAUAGAAACGGCACCGAAUUAUGAACGUCAACAAAAUGAUCCUGUAAUAGUUAAAGAUGAUGAAUCUUCAGUUGAUGAAAUUGAUUUUAAAUUAUAUCGUGCUGUUGAAUGGUUUUAUGAAAAUCAAAUGUAUGGAGAUGCCAUUAAUGCUACUAUUGUAGUGAUACGUCGAUUUUUAAUUAAUGGGAAAUUAGCUAGUUUGAAAAAAUUUGCUAAAGAAAAUAAUUUUAAACAAUUGAUAUCUGAUUAUGAUAUAGAAACUAUUGGGUUGAAACCAGAAGACGACAAAGAUAGAAAGGAUGGAGACAGAGACAGAGACGGAGACGGAGACGAAAAAAUUACUGAAGAUACUAAACAAGAAUUGAUAGAAUAUACUAAUUUCAUUGAAGCAUUAAAAUUAAUUGAUGAUUGGAAAUUAUUUAUAAUUCAAGGACAUCCAUUCAAGGGAUCAUCAGUAAAUAGUUCAUUAGAGAAGACUGAAAAAGUAUUGAAGAAUAUUUUACAAAAUUGGUUACUUGAAUUGAACAAUGACAAUGAAAGCCCUUCACCUUCUUCUUUUUCUUCUUCUUCAACAACAAUAGUUCAAGAAUUUAGAAUUUUAUACAUUCCUUAUUUGAUAAUUGAAUUACUUACAAUCUAUGAAAAUGCUAGAGCUCAAAAUUGGAAAUAUAUUAAACAAGCAUAUCAAUUGAUUAAUGAAGUUGCCGAUGAUCAACUGAAUGAUUAUUUAGAUUGUUUUAUAAAGAGUGGUCGUAUUAAAGAAUUUAUGGCUAAAUGUGGAGAAUUAUCUAUAAUUUCUUGUGAACAAGGUAUUACCGGUAUAUUUAGUGGUACUACAAAGACGACUGAAAGUAUAUAG